AUGGAUCGAGCAACUACAGUUUCGGACGCCUUGAAGCGUCAACGGUUGUUGGCUGCCCAAACAAUCCGCAAAGCCAAUGAAAUCAGUCCUGCAACGGCGCUUCAACUGCAGCACCGGCGAUCUCCAAAUAUUUCAUCUCCCAGUGCUUCAUUGUAUGUGCCUUCGGUUAGUAAUGGUUCGGGUUUGCAGCAAAAAUCACUUAACAUCACCGAACUGGAGGAAGAUAAAACAAUUCAUAUGGUCACAACGCCGAGAAAGUAUACCUUCGAACCGAAAGAGAUCACGGCCCGGUCAACCAUGACGAAGCAAGCCUCGUACGUCCCUAGCAAGCCAAGCGCGGGCAAUUUUCUCUCUACCGGGAUCGAGGAAAUCCUGGCUUCCAGCUUUGCCGACAACAUAAGGUGCAUGGGACGAUCGCUCCGCGAAUCGGCUGCUAGCGUGCACGAGGAUAUGCAAGGCGAUGUAAGCCUACCCCGUACGGCGGACAUGAGUAAGCUGUCGUGCGAUACUCUCUCCUCGUUACCUUCGGGAGCUCGAUCAACUGACGGUAAUGGCAUUGGGAACUCCAACAAAGAUCCGUGGGAUAUGUCCCAGCCGGCGUUCGAUAACAGUUGGAUGAGGGACAAAAUCAACGAGUUGAGUCAGAUGGAAGAAGCGAGUUUCCGUGCUGGCGAUCACAUGGAGUCCCGAUUGCUCGAGGACGAAAUGGCCUGGGAGCAGGAAAUCGCUGAUAUACCGGAAAUGAACGCAAACAAACGCCAGGUGAGCCCAAUUAAGGGUGCACCGAAGCCGCAGCUAAAAGAUCACGUGGAUUUUUCGUGCUUUUCCGGAUAUUUGGCACAAGAGGACGAUAUGUCGCGGAAAUAUGCUGAUGCAACCAUGGAGAACGAGACAAGUGUCUGCUCCGUGGGACGUUAUUUCAUUAAAAUGUCCGACGAUCUGAAAAGUAUCGUAAACGAUCAUAGUCCCCCUCAUCGCAUGCCCAUGCCGUUAAUUGACGUGACGAAUGAUAUCGAUAGUCCACGGUUCAUUACGAAUUCCAAAAAGGAUCAAUUCAACAAGGAAAACAAGGAAAACUCACUAAGUGUUUCGUACAUUGCCAAAGCAAUAACUUCCAUGGAUUUAGAAGACUCGCCGCACAAUUUUAUCCACAAAGUUAAGCAAGUACACCGCACAAAAUCGGAGCAAAUAAGAGCGCCAACUGUGCAGCAAAAGCAAGGUGACGGUUUGCCAAAGUCCUACAGCGAUCUUACUCCAGUAAAUCGUGGGCAUUCAUUGAAACCAAACCUUCACCAGACAGCAAGUCUCAAAAAUGAAUCUAAACAGGUAAUGCAAAACCUACCCAACAGGCAGCUCUCAGACACAUUAAGCUUCUCUGAGUCAAUGUUAGAUGCAUCCUCGGCUGUGCCAGCGCUACCGAACUCAAAAACUUCUAGCCCAAAAUCCAGCCAGUCCUUAUGGGCAAAUAGUACAGAGCUAUAUCCCUUGAAAAUGAACUCACCGAUGACGGGGGCGAAGCAAAAGCCACUCGUCGAUACAUUCCGUGUGUCGACGGCCACAAAGCUGUCGGAGGAAUACAUGGAACUUCCAUCGAUUCCUAGACUGAAAGAAACGCCAAAGUGCCAGAAAAAUAUCUUCGCCGACCGACAAAUUAUCAAACCGAACCGCAAGCGUCGCUCGAGUUCAUCCACUCGCCAGGAAAUGGCUGGAGGACUGCGCGCAGAGCUGGAGCUGGCUCCAGGUAUAAUGCCAGCACGUUCUAAAUCGCCCUCAAAUCGGGCAGAAUUAAAAGCAGCUAGCGCUAGUACGACUGAAGCUUCGGUACAUUCCAAGCAAGCCGAUCGAAACCAGUCAUAUUAUCCAACUCCAAAAAUUCCCCACCACAGACGAGUGGGUCCUUUAACGGCACUGCACGAACAAGGAUAUUCCGGAAAAUCGCACCUCUCCCCGGAACCACGUACGGUCAACCGAUCGCCUUACUCCUCACCGAAGUCUGUUGCCAUAUCGGAGCCUUCUGAGAGGAUGCACGAGUACAAUAUCAGUGUGCCAGUGGCACCAACUCGGUCCGCUUCACAAUGCUCUGGCAGCACGGAAUGGAGCCACCGGGGUGAUGGAACACUCCCGCUAAAGGCAACGCAUAGCGAGCUGUCUUGGGGCAGCACACGGCUGCGCAAGAGCGAGAAAAAGACGCUGCAAAUAAAAAACACCUCCAACCGCAAGCUGUUGGUAAAAGCCGUCAUUGUCGGACCCGGGUAUCAGCUGCACGGUGCGGAACAAAGCGAUUUAUUAACACUGCAGAGCCAAGAGUGUCGCACGAUAACGGUCGAUUUUUGUCCCACCGUCAUUGGGCCGGCCAUCGGAGCGCUCUCAUUUCAUCCGCCCAAUGACACGCACAUGCAACGGGUGGUAAGUUUGUAUGGGUUCGGUGGAGAAGCAUCCGUAAAAAUCGAAGGCAUCCAGAAGGGCCCAACUGGACCGUUUCUGGAGCUGGGAAGCGUGCGAAAUCUAAGCCGCCCGUUGGAGAAAAGCUUUUCGCUGUACAACAAAGGAAGCCUGCCCGCGUUCGCCCGUAUUGGCAUCGAUAAGAAGGGCCUGGAUCAGGCACUGUUUGCCACGGUUGUGUACGUUCAUCCGCAGCGAUUGAUCAUUCCGCCGAAUAGUUAUGCUCACGUGAAGGUGGUUUUCAAGCCACGCCGGCAAGAGAUUACCAAAAUAUUGCAAAAGCAUGUCGACGUGCUGACCAUCACAAAUUUGCAUAUUCUGUGGGGCGAUGAGCCGGCAAGGCACCGCAUUCGCAAAACUAUUGAACUGGCAAAGCAGAACGAACUUCUCGAUCCGAAGAUGGGCGCUUUGGAAACCAUCUGCAAUCAGUUCAGCGAUGAGCAGGAGCCAGACGGGCUGGAGAUGUUUUGCGAGCAGGUUUUUGAUACUAUCCACGAGCUGUUCCAGACGUUCCGGGAGUACGAGCUUGUGCUGACCAUCGAUCGAGCUCUGGACGAAACGAUGAUCGAUCUUUCGAUAAUGGAUGGUAACGAUACGCUGUUCAAAACGAUGUACGCCAGCUCGGAAUCGGGAUCUUCGCCCCGUCUGCCAGAGGAUAUGAUCACACCGGUUGUGACGGGAAGCACCACUGCAGGCAAGGAUCACGUUACUGGUCCACCGAUAGCAUCAUGUUCUGGUGGUGGAGCACGAGUGCACAAACGAGAUAGUGGAGAAUCGUGGUCCGUUCGACCCACGAUGCUGGAAUUUCAGCCGUCUAGCGAACGUACGAAGCAGUUUAUCAUCAAGAGCAACUUCUAUACCGCACAGUACUUCGAGUUGAAUUGCAACUAUCGGCAGCUGUUUCGUCUGUCACCCGCCGAGGGCCACAUUCGGCCUGGGCAGGAAGUGGUGGUCAAUGUGUCGCUACAGCAUUCACAGCCAGCUGGGGCCUAUGGCAAAUUACAAACGCCGAUUUUUGUGGUCGUCUACAUCGAAAACGAAAAGAUAAACAUUCCAGUGCAUAUCUUACCAUGA